UUUAUUUUUUAUUUAUAAGCUAAAAUUUUGGUGUAGGCCUACUAAAGUAUGUAUUUUUAGUCAAUCUUAUAAACAAGUGAAGUGAGUUCCAUUUUCGUACAAAGGGACCCAAAAAACGUCUACUGUAGUAGUAGUCCAGUGGAGAAGAAUACCUGCUGUACAUAGCCUUAUGUUACGACAAAGCUCUCUCCCAAAAUGAGAGACGAAGAUUCAGAUUGGUGGUCUGGUUUGCAAACAGUGUCAUCGUUUGACAAUGGUGUGCCCAGCCCUACAACCUUGGACGCCGGAGAUGGCAUACAACAGUUCAAUCCAUCGAGUCUCCUCGUUGAGUCACUCAUUGGACAACUCUGCAAACUUGCAGAGAAGAAUCCCAGGCAUCAAAAACAACUGUACUUGAAGAUCUGCAAGAAGCUGCACCAGAUGAAGUUGAUUGAUGAGACUUACGAGAUGGACGAGUUUGAAUCGAUGAGGAGCUACUAUCAAAAGGCCUUGUAUCAGAUGGUCUGUGCGGCCAAGUGUGCAAACAAGACUAUGGACAAGAAAGCAGUCAUCUCCAAGCCCAACCAGCAAGUGUGUCUAAAGUCAAAGUCAGAUGCCAUUCAUCUUGAGUGGUCCAGAUACUCAACAGAAUACGAGGAGAUGGAUUUCAUUGCUCGCGGUGGCUUUGGCCAAGUCUUCAGAGCUCGUCAUAAGUUGGACUGUGAAUUGUAUGCUGUAAAGAAAAUAUAUCUAAGGUACAACAACGCAGCUGCAUUCCUAAAGAGUUUGGCUGAAGUGAAAAUGUUGGCUCGACUGAACCACCCCAACAUUGUAGCCUACAAAGCUGCCUGGUUGGAGCCUAUAGACCCGGCGCAAAGAAAGAAACACUUCUUCCAUGAUGUCAGUAGCUGCAUUGUAGAUCCAAGCACAGAGAUACAAGACAGUUCUGACAGCAUUGUGUUCGAGUCUUCAGACAGGAAAGACGAGAUCCAAGACUCGGAAGACAACUUGGCAAUAGUUAAACCAGCAGACACUCUUACUGAUUGGCAACACUCCUCCUUGUCUAACAACUACUCACAGGAAUGGGCUUGUCUCUACAUUCAGAUGCAACUGUGUGAAGUGACGUUACGCCAAUGGUUGGACAAUCGAAAUCAGAAGAUGGAACCAGUAAACGAACACCAGUGUCUGACUCUAUUUAAGAAGAUUGUCCAGGGAGUGGAAUACAUUCAUUCUCAGGGCAUCGUUCAUCAUGAUAUCAAACCAAGCAACAUCUUUGUCAGUUCCGACCUGUCGCAACUGCAGGUGGGGGACUUUGGCCUGGCGUGUUCUCUACUCACCCACAACCAAGGUGAAGUGGCAGUCAUCCCAUCGACGCACGCUCACCGCGGUCAGGUCGGCACCAAGUUGUAUGCUGCACCUGAACAACUCAGCUCACCAAAGUGCACUCCCAAGAGUGACAUAUAUAGUCUGGGCGUAGUACUGUUGGAACUCAUACAACCAUUCCAGACCGAUAUGGAACGUAGUAAAGUCAUUAGUAAACUGAAAGCUGGUCACAUUCCACCUGAACUUUCAGAAUCAUUUCCUAUUCUGGUUGGGGUGAUAAGGCUCUGUGUGUUUGGGCCUCCUAAAAAUCGUCCAUCAGCCAAUCAGCUGUUGAAGAUGCUGGAAGAGAAAGACAGUUUGAACAGUGCCAGAAUCAUUGCGGAGAAAGACGAAAUGAUCCAACGACUGCAUCAGGAGGCUUUCGAAAGAGAGAGAGAAAUCACAGAACUCAAAAGACAACUUUCAGAACUUACUACUGGAACCCCUCCAGGAAGUUUAGAGUCUACAUCAAAAGAAAGUUUCACAUCCUCUUCUCAAUUUUUAUGAGACUUAUGUUUAUGUGAUAUGUACUUGCAUGUUUUUUAGAUACUGUAGACAAAGAAAAUUUGACAAGAACACUACCAACAGGCUAGUUGUUUCACAAGAUAUUUUUCCACAGAAUUGUCAGUAAUUUUUCAAAAUCACAUAGAUUACUAAUAAAAGCAUCAUUUUAAAUUUUAAGAGAUAAAAACGUGCAUUUUCCAACAGUUUGUUCCAAAAAGACGUAAAAAAUAAUAAAUAUGAAGAGCUUAAUUUAUGGAAGUAUGCAGGAGUAUUAGUUAGGGUUAUUUAUUGACGAUUAAAAUUUUCAUAUUUUAUAUGUAAGUUAUAAACAUAUUUUAUAUAUAUGAAAGAUUUGCAUUUUUGUAUGCCGUGAGGAUAAGUUGCAAGACAGUAUACCAUCCAUUAUAAAUGGUGUGUAAAUAUUAUUAUAAAUAAAGGUUUGUUACAACGUAAGCCUAGUUU